AUGGGCUGGUACCCGCAGGCUGGGGAUGUCCGGAGUCAGGAUGCAGGCCGAGGCUCUGGAUGGGCCGCCAAGGGGACCACGCAGGGCUGGAAUCGGAGAGCCCGAGAGAGCCCUGGGCAGGUGUUGGAGCCGAACAGAACUCAGCUGAGCCAGGACCUGGGUGGGGGCACCCUGGCCAUUGACACACUGCCGGAUAACGGGACCAGGGUGGUGGAAGACAACCACAGCUACUAUGUGUCCCGUCUGUAUGGUCCCAGCGAGCCCCGCAGCCGGGAGCUGUGGGUGGAUGUUGCCAAAGCCAACCAGAGCCAAGUGAAGGUGCACAGAAUCCUCUCCAACACCCACCGGCAGGCUUCGAGAGUGGUCUUGUCCUUUGAUUUCCCUUUCUACGGACACCCUCUGCGGCAGAUCACCAUAGCAACUGGAGGUUUCAUCUUCAUGGGCGAUGUGAUCCAUCGGAUGCUCACAGCUACUCAGUAUGUGGCCCCUCUGAUGGCCAACUUCAACCCUGGCUACUCUGACAACUCCACAGUUGCUUACUUUGACAAUGGGACAGUCUUUGUUGUUCAGUGGGACCAUGUCUACCUCCAAGGCCGGGAGGACAGGGGCAGUUUCACCUUCCAGGCAGCUCUGCACCAAGACGGCCGCAUUGUGUUCGGCUACAAAGAGAUCCCUAUGUCCGUCCUGGAAAUCAGCUCAUCCCAGCACCCCGUCAAAGCAGGACUGUCAGAUGCCUUCAUGAUUCUCAAUCCAUCCCUGGACGUGCCAGAAUCUCGACGAAGGACCAUCUUCGAAUACCACCGGGUGGAGCUGGACCCCAGCAAGAUCACCAGCACAUCGGCUGUGGAGUUCACCCCGUUGCCAACCUGCCUGCAGCAUCGGAGCUGUGACGCCUGCAUGUCCUCAGACCUGACCUUCAACUGCAGCUGGUGCCACGUCCUCCAGAGAUGCUCCAGUGGCUUUGACCGCUACCGCCAGGAGUGGCUGGCCUACGGCUGUGCCCAGGAGGCAGAGGGCAAGACGUGUGCAGACUUCCAGGACGAGGACUCGUUCUCGUCCUCCCCAGACAGCUCCUCCAGCCCCUUUGACGGAGACCUCACCACCACCUCCUCCUCCCUCUUCAUUGACAGCCUCACCACAGAAGAUGACACCAAGCUGAAUCCCUACGCAGGAGGAGACGGCCUUCAGAACAACCUGUCCCCCAAGACAAAAGGCUCCCCUGUGCAUCUGGGCACCAUCGUGGGCAUCGUGUUGGCCGUCUUCCUCGUGGCAGCCAUCAUCCUGGCGGGGAUCUACAUCAACGGCCACCCCACCUCCAACGCUGCGCUCUUCUUCCUCGAGCGGAGACCUCACCACUGGCCGGCCAUGAAGUUCCGCAACCACCCCAACCACUCCACCUACACAGAAGUCGAGCCCUCGGGCCACGAGAAGGAGGGCUUUGUGGAGGCCGAGCAGUGCUGAGAGCGCCAGGUCUCCCUUGAAAGGGUAGGAAGGAAGACCAGGGGGCCUCAAAGAACACGGACGGGUCAAAGCAAAGCAGAGAAGUGACUUUCCUUGGCCUCCUCCAAACUACCCUGGCUGGGAAGAUGAGACUGUGGUCUGUGGUGCCAGAGCUACGGUUUGGCCAUCACACCCCAGAUAUUGAAGUAGGGGGCAGAAAAGCAACUACACAGAGUUUUGAAGAACCUAACUUCCUCCUGUGCUGUUGCAAGGGGCCUCCCCUUCUGAGUCUCUCAAUGGUCUACUCUGGAGCUGCCCCAGAGGUCCCCUCCCACCUGGAGACGGCCAGAUGCCUUGCUCCCAUCACCUAACCCCCAGGCAUACUACACAAGAGGGGCAUACUACCCCUCUGGAUGGGGGCCGUCGCAUUCCAGGGUCCGUAGACUCAAGAGCUGGUCCUCAUGGCUAUGGAUUUGGCGUAUUUUGCCCCAGCUUCUGUGCUCUGGGAGUCUGAAGAAGGUGUUCUCUCAUCUGUUAAACAUAGGGACCACGGCUCCCAGCCCUUUCGGCCAGCCACAGCUUGGCAUCCUAGCAUCAGAAGAAAAGCCAAAUGGGAGGGGAAGAAAGAACUUGUGGGGAAAUUGCAUUCUUAGGCUUUGCUCCCUCAACUUGCCCUUUCUGCUGAGAACCAGUACUUAUGCGUUAAACAUGUGUGCGCCCACGUCAUGGGCUUUAUCCGACUGCAGCCCAGACUGGGCCCAGCGAGCUGUGCUGUGUGCGGCCACGUCUGCCGUGUGGAUUCUUCCAUCCAGUGGCACAUUUGGUGUCCACUGUAUUCGCUGGCCUGGGCUAUCAGUGCCAGUCAGUACCUCCAAGGCGGGGCCUGCCUGAUUAAUAUUUUUCCUCGCCUGAGCUGGAUUUUUAUAUCCGUUAAAGAGAAAGAAGAUGGAGAGAGGGCUUCUUGAAACAUACCCAGCAGGGAACUUCAGUUGGAUUUUGUCAAAAAGGAAGUGGUGUGGGAAGGACAGACUUUAUAUGGAAGACCUUGACCUGGAAAGUUGCUUCCAUCUCCCUAGCUCUGCCAGAAGUUCUUGGGGCCAAGAGUGUAGGCUCCCAAACUUAAUCUGAUUUUAAGGGAGUUCUGUCCCACGGAUGAGCUGGGGUUGCUUCUGAAGAGAAUGUCAAAUGAAAACCUAUAGUUCACCCUCAUUCAAAGUAAAAAAAAUCAGCAGCAAAUAAAUAUUAAAUCACAGCC